AUGAACAAUUUUACAGAUCGAUCUUAAUUAUUAAUUCCUCAACAGUAACUACGCAUCGAGCUAAACGUAGAGCGACACUAUCCAGUAGUGGUUGAUCCAUCAGUGAAAUGGCUGCGAGUAGAUUCCUGAUUACCUGGCUGCUUGUACAACUACCGGUAUGAAGCGCAAACGUAUUUCACCUGUCCUGGUAAUAAAACUUGAACGUUAAUCUUUCAUUUCAGAUGGGGGCAUUUUCAAAAUGCCUCGAUUUUCGGAAAAAUAUCCAUGAAAUUGGAAAAUGCUGUCUUCUACAAGAUUGGCUUCCCGAGCGUAGCACCGAAAACUGCACCAAUCAGCAUAAAUUCCAAUUCACCGAAAGCCCACUGGGACUAGUUAUGGUAAAAAGCCAAUUUUACUGCCUACUUUUAUCACGUCACGUUACUGUUAUUUUCCAGUGUGUCCAUGCAUGCUACUACCGAUCUUUGGGGGUGGUUGAUGAAUUCCACGUUGAUUUGUCCCGAAUUCAGCAGCUCAACGUCAACCGAAGCCAGUACGAACUGGAAACCAUCAACAAAGCGGCCUUCACUUGCUACAAUGAUAAAUAUGAAGAAAUAUACGAGGAGUUGAUGCGAUUCCGGACUGACUGUAACAGUUACCCAUAUCUGUACAACGAAUGUAUUAAGAACGAAUUCAGAAUGCACUGUCAUGAGAAGCUUUGGAGAAAAAGUCCAGUAUGCGAUCAAUUCAGGGCUAAUGAUAUCUGUUGA